AUACUCACACUCACUCACACUCACACUCACUCACACUCACACUCACACUCACAUUCGACACUCGCCCUUCAACUUGUAACAUCACCCGAUACUUGACCAUGUGUGUGUGGGUACACACUCUCUCCUUCACACCUCCGCUAUGCCUUUAAACACCCUCCGACUGAACCAUCAAAAGUCCUCUCACCCCAAUGACCGUAUCGUCUUCAUCAAACCACUACCCCGACCACCCGCCGCCCAAGCCGAAUACGACCUGGCCGAUACUUUCCUUCGAGCCAUCGCUGCACAAUGCCUUCCCCUCAUGAAGAAACACUACCUUUCUGUCACCACGUUAGAAGAGUAUGAACCAAACCGAGAAUUCGUAGGGCGGAAUUUCAACAAUGGCGAAGUUGUUCAAUUGGUGCUCCAAAGUCGAAGUGGCGCAUGGCUUCCUUUUACCAUGGUGCAGAUGGUCAUGAUGCAUGAACUGGCCCAUAAUUCACACAUGAACCAUGGCAAGAUGUUCUGGCACACCAGGAAUCUCUAUGCCGGUGAGAUGAAGGCUCUCUGGGAUAUUGGAUACACUGGGGAUGGAUUUUGGGGUCGUGGCCAGAGAUUGGACGAGAUGGGUGCCGUGAUGGGAAACAACAUCCUCAGCAGUGAGGAGGUUGCAGCGUUGCCCUUAUGUGGAGGAACAUAUCGCAGUCGCCGGAGGAAGCGCAAAGCCAUAACUCAAGACCUCACCUGGAAGGAGAAACGUGACCGCCGAAUCGAGAAAAAAUUUGGGAAAAAUGGCACAUCCCUCGGCGAAGAUGAAGAUCGACGCUUUGCGCUCGAAAUCAACCGUAAAGGUCCCCUUGGUGGCAAACCUCGUGUGGCUCAGAGCAAGCGAGGGAGAGAGUUACGAGCAGCUGCGGCGUUGGCUCGAUUUGGUUCCAACAAGGCAGAAGUGGAGACGCUGGAAAAACAGCAACGACAAGAAGAGGACGAGAAUGGCACUGAGACUGGAAGUGAAGACGACGAUUAUGGCAAAGCCGAAGACGUAGAUGGAGAUCUGGCAGACGCCUUGGAUGUGAACGGUAAUCAAUUACUCGACAGCAAGGGCGGAAGUAUGGUCCCGGUAUGUGAAGACGAGGAUACCGACGACGUCAAUGUCAAACAAGAAAUGACCGAACUGGAAAACCUCGAUCGUUUUUUCAAACCAAUACGGCAGACUGUCACAACACCAGCAUGUGUCGGAUCUGACGACUCCGAUCCACAAUCAAACUAUUUCCUUUCUGGGCGCUCUAUCGGACACCGAGACGAUUACGAUGGACGAAAAGAGACAUACACCAAGACAAGUGAGAAUGAUCAAGCCAAUACUAACAAGAAGAGCUCUUCACCAUCAGAGUCAAGAUUAGGCGCCCGUGGGCAGAGAGUUCCAAGCAUUGAUCAACAUCAGCCGGAAAUUUCAACGACCACGUCGACCUCAACCGCUGACAAAGUCGACUCCAAAACUCCUUCUCCUUUAAGACCCGAUAUAGCCAUAAAAUCCGCCACCUCCUCAUUGACCACGUGUCCGAUAUGCUCACUGGAAAACCCGCCUCUCAACGGUACAUGUCUGGCCUGCGCCCACGUGCUCGACAUUCAAAAGGACCCUCGUGCAUGGUCGUGCAAUAGUCCUGCAUGUCGACAAAGUCAGUCUCGGUAUUUGAACUCUGGGGAUGCCGGCAUUUGUGGAGUCUGUGGACACCGCAGAGGAUGAUGUCCUUUGAACUGGA